AUGCAGAAUCUGGUGGUUUCCACCGAAACCCGCUACCGCAUUCCCCUCGCACCACGGCCGUCCGAUUCAGUCUUUCACCCGGAUGCGAGAUCUGAUGGCGUCAGCCAUGCUAGCUUACAGGGCAGCGGGGAUUUCGCAGAAGGGCUCGGUUUGGAGCGGUUGGUUGCGGUGGCAUGGGAUACGGAGGGGUCUGUAGUGUAUGGCGUCACGGACGAGUGCACUAUCUACGGUCUAGAUUUAACCACGAGUCGGCUCCUAUUCGAGUAUCCCUUAGUACUCUCUGGCGAUCUGCCCAUCCCAGACAGAAUCGUAUCCGCGCGCUACCUGCCAUCACAUGCCGCCCUCUUUUUGGCGUUUUCCCGAGGGGAGAUGGGGCUGUUUUGUCCCCCAGCCAAGGCGGGGGAAGGGAUCGGCGGAGCGAUGGGGGGAGCGGAAGGGGGGAUGGACGGGAGCGGAAGGUUUGAGAUAGUGGGGGAGCUGACGGGGGGGCUGGCGGCGGUGGUGUGGGCGCCAGACGAGGAGGAGGUGGCGGUGGUGACUGGGGCGGGGCGAUUGCUCACCAUGACUAGCGACUGGCAGGGCCUCUCAGCCAAUCAACAGCUGCCACCUGGCACGUACGGCCCAGGUGACGUGUCGUUGAGCUGGCGUGGAGAUGGAAAGUUCUUCGUAACUUCCAGCAGAAGAUCGCCAAGAGGAGGAGGAGAGGAGAGAGGCGGAGGAGGAGAGGAGGAGAGAGGAAGUGAGGGAGAAGGUAGGGUAGACGAUAGGAGUGAGGAAGUUGAGAGGAGGUGGGUAGUGCGAGUGUGGGAGAGGGAGAAUUGCUCCCUGCAUUCCGUUGCUGACGUGGCAUGUGGGGACCACCUGACGGGGCCUGCUGCGUGGCAGCCAGCUGGCGCGCUGAUAGCCGCUGCUGCCUGCAAGUUGGAGGAGGGAAAGGGGGAGGAGAGAAAAGAGGAGGAGAGAGGAGGGAAGGAGAGAAGAGGGGAAGAGAGGGCGAGGGGUGGAACGUCGGUUCUGCCUGUUAAAGACGCCUCGUUUCCCGAAGCUGGGUCUGUGCGGCCGGUGGGAGGGGCAGGGCGGGGGAAAGGAGAAGGAGAGAAGGGGGGAGGCGGUGGAGGAGGAGGAGGGGAUGUAAGUCUGAGGGCAUCAGCAUCAGCAUGCGUGCAUGAAAUUGUGUUCUUUGAGAGAAACGGGCUCGAGAGAAACCGCAUGCAGCUGGCAGGGCUGCCCCGCCCACAGCCGGAAUUGAACCCGGGACCUUUCAGUUGUCAUUCUUCCCUAGCUGGCGCUGGUUGCCCCUGCUGUGGCUGCCACGUGGCAGCAAUUGACUGGAGCAGCGACUCCCAGCUGCUGAGCGUGGCAGUGGAGACCCGUGAUUGGCUGGCCGUUCAAGUAUACUACCGAUGCAACUACAAGUGGUAUUUGAAGCACGAGUGCCGCACCAAUAAGGCCCACCCCCACCUAUCCGCACCCGCUCCCUCCCUACCCUCUCUCCCCCUCCUACCUUCUUUCCUCUGGCACCCGGAAGCCCCCUCCUCCGCCCUCGCCUUCUCCCCCCUCGGGAUCAUCUCAGCCGUCCAUUUCAUCUGGACGGCUGGCGCUCUUGCACCCGGCAAUCCCACCGUUGCUGUGAUCGACGGCCAGGAUUUGAGGAUCUCGUCGCUGCUGCUGCAUGGGGGGAACGGGGGUGCAGGGGGAAGGGGGAGCGGGGGGGGCGGGGGGGGAAGGGGAGGACUCAUCCCCCCGCCGUACUGCCAUAGGGUGGAAGGAUUUCCGGCUGCUGUGGUGGCGGUGGCGGGUGCUGAGCUGGCAGGUGGUGACGUGGCAGGGUUUGAUUGGUGGGAGGAGAGCAGCGAUGUGGUUGGUGUGCAGAGUGGUACGGAGGGGUGUGGAGCAGUCCAAAAGGGUAAGAAGGGCGGAGUUGAGAUUGUGGGAGCGGUGCUUUCGAAUGGUGAUGUGGGGGUGGUGGUUAGACCAGAGGGGUCGUGGCUCUCCCCCACCCGCCUGGUGGGAGUCAUUGCUGUCCCUCAGAAUGAAGGGACUCUAGACCAGGCUGUAUCCGAGCAGGCUUUAUCUGGGCAGCCUGUAUCGGGGCAGACUUUCUCUGGGCAGGCUGUUUCGGGGCAGGCUUUAUCUGGGCAGGCUGGUUCGGUUGACUUUGCUGACCUGAUUGUAGAGCUCGAGUUGCGGCGAUUUAGUGGGGAUAGGGGAAAUGGCAGAGAGGGUGGCAGCAGCGAGAAUGUGAGUGGAGGAGAGGGAGGUUCUAGAGGGGGUGCGGAGGGGGAGGUGCAGAGAGCAGUGAUGAGUGUGGUGGGGGUGGUGGGGCUGAAACAGAAGGUAGUGGGUAUGGCCCGGGGCACUUGUGCUGCUGUGCACACUGUUUCUGCUCCGGCUGCUGCUGUGCAUACUGUUUCUGCUCCGAAUGCUGCUGUGCUGAAGGGAGGAAACGCAGUGGAAGAGAGGAAAGAGCAUCUGUAUUGGCAGCAGCAGCAGCAGCAGCAGCAGCAGCAGCAGCAGCAGCAGCAGGGGCAGCAGCAGCAUGCUGUUAAGAGUGGGGCAUCGGUUUUCCUCUCUCUCUCCGACGGUUCUCUCCUUCGCUACCUCUCCUCUUCCUCCUCCACCAUUCCCUCUGCCUCCCAUGCACCCUCUUCCCUUUCUCCCACUCCCUCGUCCCUCAUCCCGCCGUCAAAGGAGCUGGUGCUUCGGUUCCCCGAGCCAUGCCCUUGGAUUGCUGUGGUGGAGGCGAGGGCUCAAAUCCAGCCGUCGUCAUCAUUAAAAUCGACUGCAGAAUUAUCAAAAACAACAGCAGCAGCAGCAGCAGCACCUGUGGUGGUUCUAUUUGUGGGGCGAUCACAUAAAGGGCGUCUGUAUGUAGGUUCUGCCACUCUCCCUGGUAACCCAACAACUGGAGCGGUAACCAGGUUACCACAGGCACCCGAGGCCACGGCAGUGUGUGGCGACUGCUCAUCCUUCGUGCUCCACUACAUGGCAGUUCCCAAGGCCCCCGGAGUUCCCAAGGCUGAGUUAGCGCACCAAUCAGAUCCUAUCACGGCAAUACAGGCCUUAUCCCCAUGCCACGUCAUCACCCUAGUCUUCACUACAGUGUCGGGCGCUAUAGUCACACGGGACCUGCUUGCUUUGUCUCUAGAGGCGGGUUCUGGUUCCCAGGGAGCACCUGGAGGCGCAGGUGGUUCUUCAGGUGUUUUCUCAGGUGCUUCUGUUGCGCUCCCAGGUGCACUCCCAGGCAGGGUGUCGGAGGAGGGGACGAGGGCAGGAGUGGGCGGGCCGGCUGGCAGCAGAAAAGGACAAAAAGGGAAGGUGUCUUCAUCAUUGCUGUCUUGUCCUUUGUGGGAAGGGGGGGCGGUCCUGGUGGCAGGGCUUGGGCGGCUGAGAGUGGGAGGGGAUGAGAGAGUGGAGAGGGGGGGAGAGGACGAGGGGGAAGAGGGAGAGGAGGAGGAAGAGGAGGAGGAGGAUGGGGAGGGGGAGCCGGCAGUGGUUCUCCAGGCGACACGUGGCAGUCUGGAAUUGGUCUACCACCGGGCGCUCGUGCUCCGGGCGGCGGGGCUGCUGCUGAGUCAGCGCCGCUUCCGGGCGGCUGCUGAGCUGGCGCGCCGGCACAGGCUGGACCCAAACGUGCUUGUGGAUUUCGGCGGGUGGAGAUCAUUUGCUGGUUUGGGAGGGAGAACGACAUUCAGCGGGGAGCAGAGUGAAGCGGCCUUGAAUGGGGUGCAGGGGGGAGUGGUGGGCAGUAGUGGGGUGCAUGUGGGUUCUGGGACUAGUGGAGCGAGGGAGUUUCUGCGGCAGGUGGGAGAGCCGGGGCUACGGCACGUGAGUGAGGUGAUCUAUGGUCUGAGAGAGGAGGAUGUGGCAGCGAGAGGGGGAAUGUAUGGUGAGGUGCUGGCGGGGAUGAGAGGAGAGGUAGGAGAAGGGGGAGGGGAAGGGGGAGGAGGGGGUGGAGAGGGAGGAGGUGGAGAAGGGGAGGGGGUAAAAGGCAAGGUGACAGCUGUGUGCACGGCUCUCCGGGCGGCGCUAGAAGACGUGCUGCCGCCCGGCGCCGUCCGGGACACGUGUGUGCUGAGCACGUAUGCGUGCAGUGUGCCGCCCAGGCUGGAAGAAGCCCUGUUGCGCAUCAAAGCAAAGCGGAGCUCUGAUGAUCAAGUGGUUUUGUCUAAAGACAGGUCAAAAGAUGAGCAUGCGGGUCUGUCAAAAGAUGAGCGUGCGGGUCUGUCAAAAGAUGAGCGUGUGGAUGGGUCCAGGUCUGCACCCACUCGCCAACCUGCAGAUCAACCUGAACCCACUCGCCAACUUGCAGAUCAACCUGAACCCACUCGCCCCACCCCUCUCCUCGCCCUCUCAGUGGAAGCUUCCUUGAAGCAUCUCAUGUGGCUGACCACCCCAGACCACGUCUUUAACUCCGCAUUAGGCCUCUACGAUUUAAACCUCGCUGCGUUAGUAGCCGCCCACGCCCACUCCCAGAAAGACCCCAAGGAGUUCCUCCCGAACCUCCGAGGCUUGGCCGCCGAGCCUCCGCCGAUCCGGCGGCUCAGGAUCGAUGUGAGGCUCGGGAGGCUGGAAGGGGCGGUUGGCCAGCUGGUGGCCUCUGAUUCGCCGCUGAUGGUAGCUUCUGAUUCGCUGUUGGUAGGGAGAGGAGAGGAGGGGAAGGGAGAGGAGGAAAAGAAAGAGGAGCAAGUGAGGGAGCAGGGCAAGGGAGAGGGGAGUGAGGCAGCAGGGCAGGAGGCGAGGAGGCUAGUAGAGGAGGUUAUGGCAUUGCUGCGAGCACACCCUGAUAGACUGUUUCCUGUUGCUGCUGCUGCCACUGCCACAGCUAUCGCCUCUCACCCCUCCCUCUCAUCCUCCUCUUUGUCAGAUUCCUCUGCUGCUUCUCUCGCUGCUUCUUCCACACCUACCAUUGCUUCGGUCCGAACCUCCAUUCUCAACCAAUGGGCAGAGCACCUCUUUUCCCGAGCCUCCGAGGCCUCGCUUCCCGAAGCUGCGCUUCUCUUUACCGGAGCUAACAACCUGCCUCGUGCGCUCCAGGCCUACCGCCAGGCUGGGCAGUGGCGCAAGGCGCUUACCACUGCAGCCAGGCUCGGUCUCCCCGAACCUGAGGUUCGGAAACUCGCACAGGAGCUUCGGGAAGAGCUUGUCGAGGUUGGGAGGAGGGCGGAAGCCGGGCGGCUGGCGAUUGAGUACGAGGGGGAUUCGGGCGGCGGAAUUCGUCUUUUAGUGGAGGCGCAUUGUUGGGAGCAGGCAGCGGAGGAGGCGGGGAGGAGUGGACAGGUGUCGCUUCUUGAUUCGCUGAUCGUUCCAGCAUCAGUGGAAGCAGCAAGGGGCAUGCUAACAGACAUGGAUGAAACACAGGGGAAAAUAACAGCCUAUGUUCGCCGGUUCGGUGCAGUUCGGUGCAAACGGGUGCAGAUGGAGGAGAAGCUCAAGGCCGAGAGGUUGGAGAGGGAGGAGGUGGAGAGGAGGAGGAGGGAGGAGUAUGGGGAGGCGUAUGGGGGAGGGGGGAUGGGGAUGGAUGAGGCUUCAGAAACUGCAUCUAUGGCAUCGAGUGAUGUGGGGAGCAUGGCUAGCGGCGUUACUGGCUUGAGUGCCUACACUGCAGGCUCUUCGUCUCGUGUGAGCACGGCCAGUGGAUGGACCGCCACGAGCAAGAAGACGGGUGGUAGGGCGGCCAGGAGAAAACAACAGAAGGCUGACAAGGGGAGGCGGAUUCGAGCUGGCAGGUCAGAUGAAGGGUCGUGCUUGGGGAAGGGAACGGGGGGUUCUGGGGUGGGCAAGUGUGCUACUCAAGCACUUUUGGGUCCUGACGAGGAGCAAGCACUGGUCGAGCAUGUUUGCACCUUCGGCCCUCCUGACGAGGAGCAAGCAUUGGUCGAGCACAUUCGCAUGCUCGGCCCCUCCUCCCAAACCUUGGAGGAGGUUCGGCAGCUGCUGGAGCUGCUGACAGGCUCGGGGCACGAGCCUUUGGCUCGGAGGCUUCAGGCGCGGGUGGGGGCUAUAAUCGCCACUCAUACGGCAGCUGUUGCGGAGGUGGAAGCAGCUCUUAAAGAGGAUAGACUGAAGGCAGCGGUAGAAUCUGAGGGGGUUUUACAUUCCAAUGCUGCUGGAGAUGCUGCAGCAGAAGCGGGUUUGGCUUCUUCUACAAAGAAAGACGUGAAAUGGAAGUGGGAGGUCCUAGAAGGCAUUUAA